AUGUCAUCUGAAAUAGAAGUGGAAAAACCUGCUGAAGCCCCUGAACAUUGUCCUGGGACUCAAAGCGAAGACGCAGGCAAAGCCUCAGCCUGUGCAGGAUGUCCCAAUCAAAACAUUUGUGCUUCCGGAGAAGCCCGAGGACCUGAUCCUGGUAUACAAGCCGUCAAAGAACGUUUAUCGACAGUCAAACACAAAAUACUUAUACUGUCCGGUAAGGGUGGUGUUGGAAAAAGUACAAUGACAUCUUUAUUGGCUAGAGCUUUGGCUGCUCGAGAUGCCGAAAAGAAUGUAGGUGUUUUGGAUUUCGACAUUUGUGGCCCAAGUCAACCGAGAUGUUUCGGAGUUUUGCAAGAAACUGUUCACAGUUCUGGUUCUGGAUGGUCACCAGUGUUCAUCAACGAUAACUUGUGCAUAAUGUCCAUUGGAUUUUUCAUCAACCCUGACGAUGCUGUCAUAUGGCGAGGACCUAAGAAAAAUGGUAUGAUACAGAAAUUUCUAAGCCAAACCGAUUGGGGUACAGAUAUGGAAUAUUUGUUAAUGGAUACCCCCCCUGGUACAUCCGAUGAACAUUUAUCGGCACAUACAUAUUUGAAGGAAUGUGAUUUGACCGGUGCCAUAAUUAUUACAACGCCACAAGAAGUUGCUCUGCUCGAUGUCAGGAAGGAAAUUGAUUUUUGCAGAAAGGUGGGAAUUCCUGUUUUAGGUGUGAUUGAAAACAUGUCGCUUUUCAUUUGUCCAAAAUGCACGCAUCAAUCGGAGAUUUUUCCGGCUCGAACCGGUGGCGCCCAAAAAAUGUGCAAUGAUUUAAAAUUAAAAUUAUUAGGAUCGAUGCCACUUGAUCCUAAAUUAGCCAGAAGUUGUGAUGAGGGCAAAGACUAUUUAGAAGAGACUAGUAAAGACACUCCGGCUGUUCAAGCACUCAAGACUAUCGUAGAAAAUUUGCUGGCAACUCUUCCUGAGUCUUAAUAAAAAAUAAUAAUAAAUAAAUCACGUUGAAGGAGUUUAUAAAAGAGGACCAAAACAAUGGAAAUAUUAAUGGAUGAUAAAUGGAAAUAUUUUUGAAAGACACA